ACACAAAGUGUGCACUAUCUGCACUAUCGGACGCCAUUUUAGCUCCAUCUUAUCUUAUUGUGACUCCUAGUGACUUUACGCACAGCUGUUAGAUUUUUAGAUUUCCUGUUGGUUCGCUCUGCUUUUCCUAAAUAGAGGUUAAGGUCUUAUUGAAAGCAGCAAGCAUUUGGAUUUCACUUGGAAUAUUAUUAUAUUUUAUACAAUAUAUUUGUUGAGCAACUAUGGCAUCAAACAAAGUUACUUUCAGAAUAACUCUCACAUCUGAUCCAAAGUUGCCAUACAAAGUGUAAGUGGCCAUUUAGGAUAAAUUGCAUCUUAAUUACAAUAAAAUGCAAGCUGUCGGCUCUGAAGUUUUUAAGACUAUCGACGUGUUUCUCACGUUGCUGCAAAGUCCAAUCAUUAGUGAACAAAUGACCGCGGAAAAUAUGAUACAAGCUUUCAAUUGUGCCUAUUUCAUUGAACUGACAAUUGAAAAAAUACAAACUGAAAAGAAAAAAUUAUUGUUUGAAGAAUAUUUUCGUUGCAAAUCAGAACGAAAAUUAUUUCCACAAAAUCAGAACAUCACAUGCUCCGAUUUGGAGAAAGCUUGUGAUAAAUUAUUAGAACGUUACUUGAAAGAUAGUUACAUUCCCACUGAGCUAGUAGAUGAAUAUCUAAAAUUAUAUAGUCAACACUUUGGUUGUGACAGAUUAAAUGCUUUUCUGAAUCAAACAAUAAGUAAAUCCCUUGCAACAAAUAUGGUUAUAGAGUCUUUAGAAGAAUUAGGGGUACCACUCUCUAAUAUGGAAGAUGAAGCAUUAAUUAUGACAUGGCAAGUGGCAAUAGCUAAUAAUGAUCAAAGUGAAGUAACAAAAUGUAUAAACAAGAUGCUAAAUGAUGGCCAUGUAUCAAGACUAGUACAUUUAACAAUAGAAUCACAUGAUGAGAUAAUUAAAAAAUUAAUUAUACAAAUUUUUAGUUCAAAGCUAAUUCACUAUGAUCCUGAAAUUUGUAUAGCUUUUGCAAAUACUGAGAAAAAAUUACUUUUAAAAUUACUUCAAGACAAUAGCUUUUGCAUAGAUUUUGUAGAUGCGAUAUUCUAUUUUGGUAGAAAUAUGUGCUUGGUAGAUGGAAAGUGGUGUUCAGAUUUUAAAUUUGAAUAUAAACAUCUCUGCAAAAUAAUGAAAAUUUUAUUAAGUGGUCCUCGUGUAAUUUGUGAACUUGUAUACAAUAGAAUGAAUGCUGUUAAAAUGCAACCAGAUAAUGAGAUAUGGAAUAAUAUUGAAAUAGAUAUCUUGAGUUGACAUUUAGAUUUAACAUAUAACU